AUGAAUAAAAUCAAUAAGCUAUUAAAUCGCUCAGAAAGAGAUUAUAACGAAUAUUUAGCUCAGAAAAUACUGAAAGACAUCAACAUUUGGAAAACUCUUGAUUCAAUCAAGAACUCUUAUUUAAACAAGCUUGAUUUAGUUGAUUUUCCAGAUAUUUUGUCUUGCUUUAAUAGUUUUAUUAGAGAAAGCAAUAAAGAAGAUCUCGUGAAAUUGAUUUUGCUCUCUAGAACGUCAAAAGAAAUUGAUUUAGCAUGCAGUAAUGCUGCAACUAUACUUGCCAAAAGCGAUUUCGUAUUUAAAGAUAUCGAUUUCAGCAGAAUUCGCAUCCCAAAAGCUGACCUAUCCCAGCGCCUAUUCGUAAAUGCAACUUUUGAAAAUAGCUAUUUAAAGGAAGUCAAGUUUUUACAGUCCCAAUUUCAUUGUGUGAAUUUUAAAAAUUGUGACCUCAGCUGUGCAAAUUUUGGGUAUUUUAUAAAAUUUAAUUCAAAGGAUGCAAAAGGGCUCAAUUUCUCUACAGAUGAUAAAUAUUUUUACUAUCAAAAUGAUGAUAGUGUCAUAGAAAUUGACUUAAAAGAGCAAAAAAUUAGAAAUAAAGUCAACUUAAACGAUUUUAUUACUACAAAUAUUACGUACACUCAUAGCUUUAGAUUCGAAUCUUCCUUAGCAAGUGUUCAUGGACAAUAUAUAAAGAUUAAGGACAAUUAUGGAAAUAGACUUAUAUGUGAGCUUAAUUUGCAUAGAUUGGUAAUUUCAUCAAAUUGAAAAUAUAUUGCAGCUCUUGAUGCCAACUCAACUGUUCUUAGCUGGGAUAUAGAGAAAGGCAAACAGAUUCUUGGAAUUACUAAAGCCCUCACUUAUAGAACCUCAAAAUUGGUUUUUUCUCCAUCCAAUAGAUAUUUAGCAAUGAUAAGAGCAGGAUCAAUUUCUGUAAUCGAAACUGAAAAUUGGAGUCUCUAUAGGAAAUUUUGAGGAAAGUUUCCUAUUAAAAACGUUUUUUCUAUUUCUUAUUGUGGACAAAAAAUGGCUUUCUGUGAUUCUGAAUCAAUAUAUAUCAUAGAUACUAUAACCUCAGCUAAAACAAAAAUUUUUUAUAGGACAGGAAAGAUAUUAUGUUUGUCAUUUUCUCCUUGUGGAAAAUUUUUAGCAAUCAAUCCAAAAGGAAAUGAGGGAUUUAUUAUAGACUUAAAAACGAAGAAUAUUUCACAAUUUUUUUCUGGAUUUGAAGGCAAUAUUAUAUCAGUAAUGUUUUCUAUUUCAGGAAAAUAUAUUUCUUGGAGCGAUUCUAAAGGGAGUAUAAAAAUUUAUGAAUUUUCUUCUAAAUUUGUCCAAAAUGAUAAUAAUAGGCAUCUUACCAUUUAUAAAGCUAAAGUAUCUCCAAAAGGUACAUAUCUCAUUACUACAAGUUUAGAAAAAUCUAUCUUAUGAGAACUGAGAACUUGUAACCCAAAACAAAUCAAAAAAUUCAUGCAAAAUGGGUGGUAUAAUGACUAUGUAUUUUCUCCUUUUGAAACUUAUUUAUUGAGAAAAUUUGGUGAUAAAAUACAAAUAUAUGACAUCAAGCGGGAUUUUUCAAUAAAAACAUUAAGUUUUGAACAAUGGUGGAAUCUUGAAUAUUCAUUUUCUCGUUGUGAAAAUUAUUUGAUCUGCUUGGAUAAAUUGUCGUAUAAGUAUUACAGCAUCCCUGAUUUUACUUUAGUUAGAAUAAUUAAAACCCAACAAAAUGGUAGCCAUCUUACUUCCUUUGAGUAGGCUAAAUUAUUGUUUAUUGUAAUUAUUUUAUAUUAGUUUUAAAAAAAUAAAUUAAAUUAGAUAAUUUAAUAAAAUUAAAUAUAAAUAUUUCCCACUUAUAUAUAAAAUAAGUUAUUUAUUUAAAAGUUUAAAAUAUUUAUCUUUUGGAGUAAGGGUUAGAUUUUCCGAAUGUGGAAAUUAUGAUUUUUGAUAUGAUUCUCAAAAUUUUCUUUAUGUAUGAGAUUUACAAAAAGGUGACUGCAUGAAAAAAAUGCAUAUGGAGAGCUUCAUAUGCUCUAUUAGGGCACUAUCACCUUUUUUAUUACAUAUUGCGUUUUUUACGUCAAGAGAGAAUGUAAAUUAUAUAGAUAUUCUAAAUGUUGAUGAUGGAGACAUUGUUAGUUUAAAAAGUGAAGGAAAAUCUUUUAGUUGCUGCAUUGCUGAUUCUGAUGGGGCAUUGCUUAUUGAAGGGUGCAAAAAAGGAAUUUUUAAUUUAUGGGAUAUAAAAACAAAAACUGUCAAGCAGAAAUUUAGGUCUUUAUUUUCGAGGGAUAUCAAUGCAGUUGAAGUUGCUAAUAACCAUAUUAUAAUAAAAGAAAAAGAUAAUGUUGAAAUUUUCAGCAUGGCUCAGCUGGGUUAG